AUGCAAAGUGUAAUACAUUUUGAAAAGCCCGUAAAAAGCAUGCUUAACGCAAUACGCCAAAGCAAUUACCGCAUUUUAAACGUACGUUAUAGUAAAAAAUAUUAUUGCUUGCUUAAAAAAGAAAUGGGAAAAUUUCCGGAUAGUAUAGCGAACGGGCUUAAGCGUUUGGGUAACGGCAAAUGCAUAUUAGCGGUAUUUAAACCCAUUGGGGGGCAAAAAAAAAGCAUUUUAAAAUUAUUUAUUGGGGCAUUAAAACUUAAUUACGCCGAAAGCGGCACUUUCCGGCGCCAAUACGAACGCCGCACUUUUACGGGAAGCCGCGCAAUUAUAAGCUUAAAUAUCCGAAUGCGCCGCAAUUGUGGCAAAAUUAACGGCAAUGCCACCAAAAAAAGCAACCAUACCUUUUUCGAAACGUUUAAAAAACGCUUUUAUUUUGUUAAAAAAGUUAUUAAUGCCAGCCAAAGCUUAAAUUUGCCUUUUCGUUUAAACGGUAAUAGCGCAAAAUUAUUGGAAAAUGUUUUGGCGCGCAAGCUAUUCGGCCGAUAUGGUAUGGAAAAACUUGGCUUUUUGGAUAGCUUUGCGGGCGCGAAAUUAAAUUUUGUUUUAGGCCAUUUCCCAAAACCAUUCGAAAAGUUCGAUACAAGCUUUAUUGCUAACCAUAUCCUUGCAAUAAAUGCAUUUAAAAGAUUCCGUAAUGUUAUUAAAGCAUAUCGGUAUAUAGGAAUUAACGGCAUAGUUUUAAUAUGCUUAACGACCAAAAUAACGGCUACAAAACACCGCACGCUCCGUAUAAUUGUUUUUAAAAAAGGGCAAGCAAAUAAGGUUAUAUUUAUUAUUUUAUUGGAAAUUAAAAACCCUUUGCAACGAAAGCGCGUUGCGGAUACCCAUAUAAAGCAAGGAAAAGGCAAUGUUCGUUUCGGGGGUAAAUCCAUAAAAAUUAAAGGCGCCGCGGCGGCGCUCGUUGCGCGCUUUACGCUUUUUUUCGGCGGCGGUUUUUUUGCCGCGGCGGUUAAAGCCCGCCGGGGGGUUAUCGGCAACACGCUUGUAAAAAGCUUAAAAGGUUGCAAGCGCAAAAGGGUUCGAUAA